UCCAAAUAAUGGCAAUAGUCCUAAAUCCAUGAGAAAUAAGGAUGCAUUAACUAUCCUUAUCAUUACUGUCAGUGCUGUGCUUUGAUUGGCUAGAUGACAGUUCUAGAGGUGUGGCAUUGGUGGAGAGUGUCACAGAGAGUGAUAGGCUGAAGAGACUGACACUUCUUUAUUCAGUAUAUAAUGCAUCAGGGAAAGUCUGCAGCCUGGGCAAACAUCACUAAGACCUUACUGUAAGUAUAUAAUUUUCAUUAUUCAUUCUUUCUUCUUUUUCUUUCUUUUUCUUUUUUUUUUCCCUUUUUUAAUUAUUAUAUAAACUGUAAUCCUGCUUCUCUGCCUGAACAGGAUGAAAAAAGCAUUUGAACAUGAUUCAAGAGGUCACUGGAAACAGGAAUAUUUCCUUCCUGUCUGCUGGAUUCUCUGGUAUACCUCACAUGAGAUACUAUUAUAUAUUCCUGUUUAUUGCCUACUUUAUUUCUUUUCUAGGAAACUCCUGCCUCAUGUUUGUUAUCAUUACGGACAGAAAUCUUCACACUCCUAAAUAUAUCGCUGUCUUUAAUUUAUCACUGACAGACAUUCGUGAGAGUACCGCUGUGAUCCCUCAGCUACUGGAUGCAUUUUUGUUUGGGAAUCACCUGAUCUCAUAUGGAUUGUGCAUGUCCAAUAUGUUAUUUGUUUCAGUGCAGUCACUGACUCUCACUAUUUUGUCUCUUGACAGAUUAGUAGCUAUUUGUUUACCACUGAGGUAUCAUGUGAUUGUGACCCAUAGAUCAAUGCUUGUUAUGAUUGGUGCUUCAUGGACACUGGCACUGAUGCAAACAAUCACUGCAGCAGUUUUCAUGACUAGACUUUCUUUCUGCAGAGCUGGUGUCAUAAUUAUUCGUUUCUGUAAUCGUGGGUCUGUUUUCUUAAGCUAUGUCAUCAUUAGUGUUCUGUUUCAGGUGAUCAUCAUGUCUCCAGUAUUUUUUAUUAUCUUUUCAUAUACAUGUAUAGCUGUAACAUUGUUCAGAAUCACACAAGACCGUCAAGGAGCCACAAAGACAUGUACUGCUCAUUUAAUAUUAGUGGCUGUAUUUUAUGUGCCCAUCUACCUAACAAAUGUCUUUCAGGUCCUUGUAAGCAUCAACACUACAAUAGUUAUUCUUUCUCUGACCUCUGUGCUUCCUCAAAUGCUUAACCCUAUAAUCUACACAUUUAUGACAAAGGAGUUUAUGGCAUCUGUGAAAAGACUUGUCAAAAAAAGAAUCAUGUUUUCAUCUAGAAUACCAUCUGUGUUCCAGUUAUAA